AUGAUCAAGCCUGACGAGCGGCUUUGGUCUGGCUCCGGAGUCUUGCUAACGGGAGGACCAUACACGUGGCACGUCACAGACUUUGACCGGCGAAGACAUUUCUCGGUAACCUACGACCCCCCAACCCCCGUGCAAGAUGUUGAGGAAACAGAGGAGAUAUGCAUGGCGCAGCUCCGGAAACACAUCGAUGGCCUCGAGGAUGACGUCUACGGAAUCCGCUUCACCGACGUGUCGGGGCCCAUUACGACAUGCACAGACUGGAAGGACGACGUGACUGGAUAUGUCAACUGCCAUCCACUGUCCGCAUUGGAGCACUCCUUUGCCAUCAAGACGAUUUACGUGGCGAGCUUGACCGAGCUGGACCGUUUGGGGCCUCAAGUCGAUCUCGUGUCGUAUCGAGGAACACCAGCCGUCGGUGCAGCUCCGACGGAGACGAAAGCGGUGUUCAAGUACUGGUUCAUGGAGAACGGCAUGUUCAGGACUUGGUAUGAGCUGAACAGCUGGAGUCGACUGCCUCGAGACCACCCGCACAUUGUCCCAUUCGACGCCGUCGUGCUCAACAACAUCACGGGAGGCAUCGUCGGCUUCACCUCGCUGUUCGUCCCCGGUGGCACCUUGGAGGAUAACAAUGCCACCAAACGUCGAUUCCGCCUCGAAUGGCUUCGCCAGCUCCUAUCGGUGGUGGAUGAUUUGAACUACGUGUACGGCACGAUGCACCAAGACAUCGCCCCGCGAAACCUAGUGAUUGACCAACACGGCAAUCUUCAAAUCUUCGACUUCAACUACUCCAUCAUGAUCGACAAGCAUUACACGGUCGACCGGGACGACCUGAAGGGUGUCAUCUUUACCUUGUAUGAGAUGAUCACGCUGGACAAGCAUUUCCGUGACCUGCCGCACGAGCAGCAGGAUGCCGAAGCGGUGCUGCGGCUGGAGUGGACCAAACACCCUGAUGUAAUGCUAGACAAUGAUGUCACGGCCUUUCGGCAAGUCCUGGAAGCGUGGGUGAAGAAACGAAAGGGCCGAGAGUUCACGAUGGCGGAAACAUGGGUGCAGUGGCCGUGGAUGCCCAACCCGCCAGCAGUGCUGGUGCCGACGUAUGGGGACGGCAGAACAGUGACGGGAACGGAGACGAAAUCCGUUCCCAUCCUGAUCCGUCAACAACUGAUCGAGCUGAAGCAACCGUAUUGGAAGUGGGAGAGGCCAGCAAGCUAUCGGCUGAGGGAUGCCCUCGGCGAGGGAGACGAAUGUCAGGCCAACGGCGGCGUGCCGGGAGAGGUGAAAUAA